AUGGAUGGGACAUGCCGCGUCGCGAGUGCGUGGCGUCGUUGUUCGGCCUUGGAAAAACGCCCAACUCCUCACUACGAGGGAUUACUGUUAUUUCGUCUCCUCUCCCAAUCCACAACCCACGCAGUUCGCGUCCCUCACAACGCCCCUCUGUCGCUUGAACAAAACCCGCGCUGCACUCCACACCACUAUUGUGAAGGAAAGACUGCCGUGUGGCUGUCUGUCUCGGUCGUGGGUUACGGAGGACCGCCAGUGGAGUUGGAAACACUGCGUCCGGUUGCGUUCGCCGCCUCGUCUGCCUCCCGCACGCCCGCCUUCAACGACUCCGCAGCGCCCGACCCGUCCAUCUUCUACCCGUCUCCCACCCAUCAUCCUACCGCCUACUCCCCCUCUACACCUCCCCAGGACCCGCCGCCUGUCCGCUGGAGCCUGACCAACCGCCUCUUCAAUCUUAACUUCCGCUCCCUCUACAGCAGCAACACUCCCCGCCGGCCCCCUGCAUCCCGCCUGUGGAACCCCGUCAACUCGUCCCCCCGAACACUUGCCCUGCCCUACGUUCCAGUCGAACACCCUCAGCUUUCCGACCCACGGCCGCAGACCCGCGACGAAUACCCCCUCCUGACCCUCCCGGAGCAGCGCCGCAGUCGCCAGAGCCCCGUCCCGUCCUCCCUCUUUGUCGAACGUUCCGUGGGAGGAGAAAGCGGCCGUACGAGCAUUGGACUUCCGCGCGAUCGCCGUUCCCCGAUUGACCCUCACCCUGGCCCGUCCAGACCAAACAUGUCCAUGGCGCACGAGUCCGCGCCUCCAAAUGCCCCGCACGAUGCAGCUCUACCGGUCUCGGUGUCCCGCACAGGCGAUGUGGAAGCUGGCACGAGAUCUUUGAAGACGACGCGGGACCGCUCCCACCUACCUGGUUCGCGCCCGCACUCCAUGUACUCGCAGCGCACCGGCACCGCAGAAGGCGAUCACCACGACGACCACGACGACGCCUCCUCAGAGGUACCUUGGGGUCCAAAACACCCUUGCUUCCCUCACCGGAAUCCCCAUGUCCCGCUCGAUUCGCCGCUGUACCAGACCACUCGCAUAAUACGCGUGACGCGGGAUUGGAUGGUGAAGGGAGACUUGGCGCCGACAUUUCAGAAUCUGUAUCCGGAGGUGCUAGAUCCUAUGAUCGAGGAGGAUGAGUUCCGGAGGCUGAUAGAGCAUAUCAAUACGGUGUUAAUUGAUGCCUUCAAUCCGUUGACGUUCCGCGCCUUUCUGGAUGCUUUCAUGGGCGCGGCGACGCUCUGGCUAUGGGACGAUGUUGGUCUGACAAAAGUGAAGCGGAAGCUAGCGGAGCUUGAAAGGUGGAUAGAGAAUUGGAACAGGGAGCGGGGGGAGAAGGAAGGUGUGAAGAUCAUUCCGCUCAGGCGCACGGGAUAUAUGACGAUCGAUAUACAAGUUCCCGACCCGGAGCUUCCUGGUCAGCCUGGCGAGUCCCCUCCAUCACAAGCGGAUGCCGAUGGGAGUGCACCGCAGCAACAGCCGCUGCCGGGACAGACGCCCAUAACGCCGACUUUCCAAAUCACGUCCGGUUCUCCAGUCAGCGCCGAGGCGCGGUCUUGAUACCCGUUGCGUCGAAUUUUCGACUCUACUAACGUUGUUUGUAUUGUCUCUUCCUAUUCCCUACAUUCUACAUUGCGAUGAGCAUAUGCAUACGCUUCUCUGGAAUAAUUUCUAAGCUUGAUGAGCCAUUACUUUUUUUCUUCCCUUUUCCCGGUUCCUUGUCUCUUGCUUUAUAGAUGCAUAGUUAUAUGCCUGCUGCGAAGCAUUUCCUUGGCUUUUCUUGUACUCGAUACCCCGGAGCAUAAGUAUGUUCAGUUUCCCUUUGGUUUGUUGGGUAGCGUGGUGGAAGUGAGGGGUGGAUAGGCGGUGUUGUAGAAUCGCGUUGUUGUAUGAAGUAGUGGAAAUUGACUGUAACGGACGUGUACU